AUGGGAAAUACUGAGAGCAAUGUCACAAGUGGAGUAAAAAAACAGACAGACACUUCCUCCAUAUUAUUGUACAAAUUAGUCGACUUGAAAGGUGGUGGACUGCUGGUUGACAUGAUGAAGAGGGCAACGCAAACAAAACAGUAUGCAGAACUGGAUCAUGCGAUAAGGACCAAGGUCGAGCCUUUUCUGUACAAUAAAGGAAAGGGCAAGUGGAUUCCAAUUUCCAAGCUAGUCCUCCUCAGAAAUAAAGAGCGACCGCGACAUAAAAUGCUCCCGGUGCUAAAGGCAAUGGAAAACCCCGCGGACUACGACGUGGACGUGGACAUGAAGGACGACAUCAUCGACGAGACUAAAAUCGAUAAGAGCAAAUACAGACUGAUCUGCUGGAAUUUGAGUGAUCGUGGAGCUGUUGGUGAGACGAUUCUCCAUCUGUGCAUGCUCAACGCCACAGCACUCCAUGCCGAUCUGGCAAAACGACUAUUACGCUUCUACCCAAAUCUCAUCAACGAUAUUUAUCUCAGCGACGAAUAUUACGGUGAAAAUGUUCUCCACAUAGCGAUCGUCAACGAGGAUCCAGCGAUGGUAAAAUAUCUAUUGGACAGUGGUGCGGAUGUUGAUGAACGUUGUUUCGGUAAUUUCAUGUGUCCAGAGGAUCAAAAGGCAUCUAGAACAGACAGUCUCGAUCAUGAAUGGCCUUGUGUCACGCCUGAAACCAAUUACGACGGAUACGUGUACUGGGGUGAAUAUCCGUUGAGUUUUGCUGCUUGUCUGGGUCAAGAGGAGUGCUACCGCCUGAUGCUGGCCAGAGGUGCUGAUCCAGACAAACAAGAUACCAAUGGCAACACUGUCCUGCACAUGCUCGUCAUCUACUCCAAAUUGAAUACUUUCGAUAUGGCGUAUGAGGUCGGCGCUUCCUUAUCGAUUCGCAACAAUCAACACUUAACGCCUCUGACGCUUUCUGCUCGACUAGCAAGAAUCGAAAUGUUCUUUCACAUUAUGAAUAUCGAGAGGGAAAUUUAUUGGCAGAUUGGGAGCAUCACUUGCGCUGCCUAUCCUCUCUCGCAGUUUGAUACCAUUGAUGUCAAUAAUGGAACGAUCAAUAACAAUUCAGCCCUGAAUUUAGUGGUUUUUGGGGAAACGGAGGAGCAUCUGGAGUUGAUGGACGGUGUCCUUGUGGAUCUGUUGAAUGCCAAGUGGAAUACAUUCAUCAAAUCGCGAUUUUAUCGGCAAUUUUUCCUCUUCUGUUUUUACUUCGUCUUAUCUCUGAUAAGCUUCGUACUUCGGCCGGGACCGUCUUCAACCGAUUCAUCUACCAAUUCUACAAGACCCACUUCGAGUUCUGAUAUCACUACCUCGAGUGGAGGACUUUCCGCAACUUUAAUGACUACCCAUGUUUCCAAGAAUCAGGGAUUAGGUCAGCUGUCCCGAGUUAUACGACAAGUAGCAAUCACUCUGGCCACUAAUUUCUUCACCAACAAUGCAACACCAGCGAGUGUCGAGAGUUUUAUCUCAAGAAUUUCGGAUAACAUCACGAUGUCGUUGAAGGAGGUCUUGAAUUCAGAUUAUGAUAAGUCUCUUCUAGACGAGAGUCUGGUGGAACUCGACGGGAGAAGAAAUGAGAGUGUCUACGAGCAGGUGACACCCUCAGCUUUUAUCAUGGAUGCUGCUCUCAAUGAGGAGUGGUGGGAGGACUUGACGGAAGUUUGCAGACUGAUGCAGCUGGACUCGUCAACCGCAAAAAUAAGACUGACGGCGGAGGUUUUCAUGGAGCUCGGGGCAAUGCUUUACAUCCUGGCAGCUCUCCGGGAGGCGAGAUUCCUAGGGCUCAACAUGUUCAUCGAGAACCUCAUGACAGCACCAUCCCGUGUCAUGUUCCUCUUCUCCUGCUGCAUCCUCAUGUCAUUUCCCUUUCUGCGUCUUGCCUGUGCAGACAAAGUCGAGGACAUGCUGGCAGUUGUCGUCAUGCUGACAACAGCCCCAUACUUUCUGUUCUUCUGUCGGGGAUUCAAAACUGUUGGGCCUUUCGUCGUUAUGAUUUACCGGAUGAUCAUGGGAGAUCUUCUCCGAUUUGUCACGAUUUAUCUGGUGUUCGUCAUGGGAUUCUCUCAAGCCUACUAUAUAAUUUUCCUAUCCUUCGACAAUCCCCAAACCCCCGAGGGAGUAGACGACACGACGAGCAAUCCCAUGCCAUCACCAAUGGAGAGUAUAAUGGCGAUGUUUCUGAUGAGUAUGACGAAUUUCGGUGACUACUACGGGGCAUUCGAGAGAACCGAUCACGAGAUGGAGGCCAAGUGUCUCUUCGUGGUGUACAUGGCUAUUGUAGCUAUACUCCUGGUUAAUAUGUUGAUCGCCAUGAUGGGAAAUACCUAUCAGAAAAUCGCAGAGACUCGGAAUGAGUGGCAGCGACAAUGGGCGAGGAUCGUUCUUGUCGUGGAGAGAGGUGUUGCUCCAGCAGAGAGACUCAAGAAACUCAUGGAUUAUUCACAGCCCAUGUCUGAUGGUCGCAGGGCACUUGUGCUUCGAUUACAUCAAUCUGAGGAGGACAAAGAGGACAUGAAGGAGAUUCUGGAGAUGAAACGAACGCACGAGAGACUCUACAAAAAACGAAUGGCCAGAGUGAAGAAAGAGCGCGAACAUAUCAUCAUCGAGAGUGUUAAAUGAAUAUUUAUCGUCAAUUACAUUCUGUAACCAAAAUUGUUAUCGAUAAAUAAACAAUCUUUUCUA